AUGGAAGCUAUGAUUAGAUCUCCUGAUGUAAGUCCCAGGAGGCUUUCAGAUAUUAGUCCACAGUUACGACAAUUAAAAUAUCUGGUUGUGGAUGAAGCGAUUAAAGAGGAUUUAAAAUGGUCCAGAUCAGUAGAAGAUCUCACCAGUGCGUCAGUGGGGCUGACCUCCAUCGAGGAACGUAUUCUAAGGAUUACUGGCUACUAUGGUUAUCAUCCUUGGUCAACCAGUUAUAAAACGGAUGAUCAUUCUCAGGAAUCUCCGGCUCGCAUUGAAGCGCAGAUGCGUGGUGCUGCCGAUACAAGUGGAUUAGCGAAUCAAUGUUGCUGGAGAUGUUCAGUAGCGCAGCUAAAAAGAUUUUUGUGGGGAAUUGCUAUAAUCCUUUGUGUUUGCUCUUCUUGGUCCGGGUCAACCCAACUUGCAAAAUCUACAUUUAGCAAAUUCGAUGCACCAUUCACGCUUACGUGGUUUGCCACAAAUUGGAACUUUUUGUUUUUUCCUCUUUAUUAUAUUGGACAUGUUUUAAAAGCAGAUGAAAAGCAGUCUCCAAAAGAAAGAUACCGGGAAUGCUGCCGAUUUUUUGGAGACAAUGGACUGACAAUGAAGACAUUUUUCACCAAGGCAGCACCGUUUGGUGUUCUUUGGACUCUCACAAACUAUCUAUAUUUACAUGCAAUAAAAAAAAUUAAUACAACGGAUGUUUCUGUUUUGUUCUGCUGCAACAAGGCAUUCGUUUUUUUACUUUCGUGGAUCAUUCUCAGGGACAGGUUUAUGGGCGUUAGGAUUGUAGCUGCCAUUCUUGCAAUUGCUGGCAUUGUUAUGAUGACAUAUGCUGAUGGAUUCCAUAGUCAUUCCGUGAUUGGAAUUGCAUUGGUGGUGGGUUCAGCAUCUACAUCUGCACUAUAUAAGGUAUUAUUUAAACUUCUCCUAGGAAGUGCCAAGUUUGGUGAAGCAGCUUUAUUUUUAACAGUUUUAGGAGUUUUUAAUAUUUUAUUUAUUACCUGCAUCCCUAUCAUCCUUUACUUCACCAAAGUUGAAUACUGGAACUCUUUUGACACAGUCCCUUGGACAAGCCUUUGUGGGUUUUCUGUUCUUAUGCUUGCCUUUAAUAUUUUGGUUAAUUUUGGAAUAGCGCUCACAUACCCUACCUUAAUAUCUCUUGGGAUCGUCCUAAGUGUACCUGUUAAUGCCGUUGUCGAUCAUUAUACCAGCGAAAUAGUCUUCAACAGCGUUCGGGUUAUUGCCAUUAUUAUUAUUGGCUUAGGUUUCCUAUUAUUGCUUUUACCAGAAGAAUGGGAUGUUUGGAUUAUAAAACUCCUCACAAGACUAAAGGUCCAGAAGAAAGAAGAAAUUAUUGAGGGAAAUGGAACUAUAGGAACUGGAGUACAAAACCGAAGUUACAGAGCACGGCCAUCUUUGUCCACCUUUGCAAAUUAG